AUGCUGAGGGUCAACGCGUAUGCGCCCGUCAGCCUCGCCACUACGGGUCUCCUCGGCAACAACAACGGAGAGCUGGGCGACGACUUUACGACCGUGGACGGAGAGACUGUCGGCUUCGCGACUGCCUCACCGACAGUGGAAGAAGGCACGAACUACUGCACCACGAACUGGUGCACCACGGCAGACGCGUCUCUCUUCACCUACGCGGAGGGGGAGGACCACGGCACGUUCGACUUGUGCGACGCGGUCUACGCGGCGCCCGUGUUGCCCGAUACCAUCCCGGCGUCAAUCACAGAGCUAUGCGGCGACAACGCCGACUGCAUCAUAGACGCCCUUCUUGCUGGCGAGGAGGUGGGUCAGGCGACGCUCGAAGGACAAGCGGAGGAUCGAGCCUACCAGGAAGAAGUUGCGGGUUUGUGCGCGAGCAACUCUUUCAGCAGCACCGGUGCGCCGCCCUGCACGACUUGCCCCGACGGAGAGGUUUCCGGCACCGGCGCGACCGCGUGCAUCCGUCAAGAGCUCGUGGGUCUGAGUCUCCCCGAGAACAUCGCCGCUGCCAUGGCAGCUGACGCCAUGGGCGGCUUUGCCGGCCCGGGAUCCCUCACCACGACACCGGCGGGAACGAUCCAGCUCACCGAGGAGGACGGCGGCUCCGUGUCGCUGUCCGGCACUUUCGUUCGCGACGACGGCGCGGCGCUGCCGAGCUCGACUUCCGUCUUCAUCUACACCGAGAACACGGCACAGCCGGACGACUUCGUCCGCGGCCAGGAGGCACUGGAUCCCUCGACGGGGGCGUUCUCGACGGUGGUGACCGACAUCCCAGCGGGCAGCAGCAGGUUGCUCCUCAGCUUCGUCGUCGUGGAUCCCGCGGAGGCACUUGAUACCGCGGGAGCCGACACGGCGUUUGCGCUCGACGUCUCCAACUCUGCCUGCGUACCGUCGCUGACGAUCACCCUGGAGUGGACCGGCGAGAUAUCUGACGUAGAUCUCUAUGUCGUCGAGCCCGGCGGAGAGGUCGUCUACUUCAGCAACCGGGGUGGGGACGUCGGGUUCCUCGACAACGACGAUACUUACGGGUUCGGGCCCGAGAACUACAUCAUCGAUAGCGCACUCGAUCCCGCCGCCAGCCAGGUGCUUGGCGAGUACGAGACGUACGUCAAACUCUACUCAGGCGACGCGGCCACGGAAACUUGGCGCCUGACUGCCCGCGUUUCCGGAGAAGUGGUGUGGAUCGAGGAGGGUGAUUUCAUCUCCUCCACCCAAUCUGAUACUUUUGCCGUCUCUCUGAGUGUCUACGAUCCCACUUGCGGAGGUGUCCCGUGA